CUCACCCGACAAAUGACUUCUCGAGGCCGAUCCUACCAUGGCCGCUGAUACAACUUCCUCUUAUCUCUCCCCGGAACUUCACGCGCCUGACUUCUCACCCACAGCCUACGCCAAUACCCUUGUCCUAGCCACCAACAAUGCCUCCGAUACGCCGCUUGACCUGUCCACUCCACUCUCUCGCGUGCUGUUCGAUGUCCAAGAAGUAGACACGCACAUCGACACUCUUACUACACAAUCUGCUCUGCCAAUUGUUCAGCACACCGGGCAACAACAUGACGCAGCCAAGCGGGUACUCGAAACUGUUGAAGAGCAAGUUGAAGGUCUGAAGGAAAGCUAUGCCAGGUUGCAGAGAGAAGUCGUGGAGCGAUAUGAGGCAGCCGAAGAAGUUCGCCUUGCAAGCGAAAGGAUGUUGAAGACGUUGAGGCUGGGCCGCGGCGUGCAGAGAGUGGUAAAUCUUGGAAGACAAUUACAAAGCUCGAUGGAUGAGGUGGAGAGAGCAGGAGGUGGGUAUCGAUCUAUGGUGCCUGCCGCACGAUUAGUGUUGGAGAUGCGAGAGUGCUUCCAAGGCCCGGACGGCGUUAUGCUGGCAAAAGUAGGCGUUGCAGCAUCUGUGAGGCAAGACAUCGGCAGCAGUCUCGAACGUACACUACUGGAAAAGUGCAGGAGUGUGGUGAGAGAAUUCUCCAUGAGCAGUCUCGGUGGCCCAUCUCUUGGCGAGAAGACUUUCGCACAGGCGAAGGAGACGAAACGCAGAUCAGAGGCAAGCAUGCAAACUCUGUACCUGCUGUCUCCGGUGAAGCCAGGCACAAAGGUGAGCGUGGAGGACUUCGAACCAAGCUUGUUAACGCAGGCGCUUAAAGGCUAUCUGGACACGGCCUUGACCUCAAGCCUGGCGGCGCUUAGCAGAGCAUUAGCCACUCUGCCCAUGCUAGACCGGACCCUGGUCGAAGUCUCCGCAAGAUGUCAGAAUGUCAUUGCUCUCGAAGCAUUGCUGGAAACCGUCAAGCCUCCCACUGCACAUCCUGGUCUCCGGUAUACGGAGAAUACUGGCAACUUGCUCGAGCCUCUAUUGCGACAUUUGGAAACCACCUCUCUGCCUUCGUAUUUCUGGCGCAGCAUGGCCUCGCAACUUACCUCACGCGUUCAAGACAUCUUGUCGCGCGGCGGGGUGAGCGCGAGAACUUUGCGAUCAAACAGAAAUCAUGUUCGAGAUGCAGUACGUGAAUGCGUUGAUCGUGGCUAUCGAGGCAAAUUCGCAGCUAGGAACCAGGCCGAGAAGGGAAACUGGGAGAGAGAAGCAGCUGUGAUGGUCGGCAGCAUAAUAGGACCUCUAGGCCGAUGAAGCAGGCGACACUUUCGCGUGAGCUCGGAGCCUUUCCUCUCUGUGUCCAUGAGCAGCAUCUGGCUUUACUCUGCCAGCUUGCAUUGUAAAGGCAUGUGCCACCAGCGAUCUCGGGACUUCCAAUGGAAUUGCUUUCCAGGCCCACUUCUCUGCCAUACGCUCCUGGAAGAUAUGUUGCCCGUACAGCUACCUUUGAGACUUCUGCCAUCGGUUGAACAAGUCCGGUGCACCAGCCGUUCCGAAUGACAGCAGAUCUUGUUGGAAGGGGGCUUCCGUUGUCUCAUAUCUCAUCCAGCUCCAUGCCGCUCUCCCAAGCUGAGGAACAGAGAAAUAUUCACCUCUUCGGAAGGAGAGCUGGUGUCUCGUGAUGGCUCCUACCACUUGUUCUCGGCCCCCGAAUGGCCCCUUACAACAUGCUCUUGGUCGUUCCGCCCCUCGAAAGCUAGAGAACAUCCAUGUUCUUAAAAAAUGGGUGCUUUCUGGCCGUACUUUCGAGCCGUCAGGCUUGGUAGUACCGACCACAAGCAGCUCAGUCAGUAGAGAGGUAAUGACGGUGAUUCAUGAUUUGAACAGCCUGCAAGAGAUGAGCCACGGAGGAAAGUCACCUCGUUUCCGAGACGACAGGGCUCGCAUCAGUCACCUCUCGACGACGCUUCGGUAUUCACGCCUUGCACCCGAGUCACCUGCUGCCACUCUCCCACAUUGAUCAUACACAGCGGCUGCCCGACGUCCCGCUUCCGACAUAACGUGUUAAAAUCUGACGCAACUACUAAUGCGACUCAUGGCGAUGAGGUGCAUUUCCUGCAAGUUGAAGUUGUCAUCCGCACGAGCGUUUCGCGUCAUGCACAGCCUUCAUCUGCCACGAAAGACUGUAGAACAAUUUCUUACUCCCAAGGAAAUAUCUGUGCUUUUGCAUUGAUACAGCCACUUUACCCGCAGUACGACUGAUGUUUGACUUCAUCAUCGCACUGACUUGGUACAACAUGAUUCGAAACGAUCCAAGUAAUAUAGUAUCGGCGACUUGAUUUCUACGAGUUGUCAGCGAUGACGAAUCGACAGAAUGCCAACGUGCGAGACACGUUUUCUCCGGACGUCAACCCCAACGAUCAAAGUCAAGAUCUCUCGCACGAUCUACCACCACGUACUCACGCAGCACCGAGCGAUCGGUCCCGUGCAAUCGCGGUGCGGUUCUGCCAGCGAACUUGUUUGAGGUUUGACGCCACUUGAGUCAUACAUGCAGCCGCC